AUGGAGGUAACGGAUCGCAUUGCCUCUCUGGAGCAACGUGUCCAGAUGCAGGAAGAUGAUAUCCAGCUGCUCAAAUCUGCCCUUGCUGAUGUGGUUCGACGCUUGAAUAUUACAGAGGAACAGCAGGCCAUGCAGAACAAGAAAGGACCUACCAAAGAUCAGAGUAUGAUUAAAAAAGCUGCUGCUGAGGCUGAUAAACACGUCAGUCCUGCUACCACAGCAAGACCGCUGGUACAAACCCUGCCUUUAAGGACUACUGUUAAUAACGGAACUGUGUUACCAAAGAAACCAAGUGGCUCUUUACCUUCCCCAUCAGGAACCAGAAAGGAAACUGUAUCACCAGCAGCAAAAAGGUCUGUGAAUCUUCUCAAUGCAUGCAAACUGAAAAAGCCUGCUCUAAGCACCGUUAAGAGAACCAGUUCAGCUGAACGUGUGUCCCCAGGCGGUCGGAGGGAAAGCUAUGGAGAUUCCAAAGGGAGUCGCAACCGCACUGGAUCCACCAGCAGUUCAUCUAGUGGUAAAAAGAACAGUGAAAGCAAACCCAAGGAACCAAUAUUCAGUGCAGGGAAGCGCCGGGUGACGCACUGCAAAGAGGAAGGAUACGUAAAAAUGUUUCUUCGUGGACGUCCUGUUACCAUGUACAUGCCCAAAGAGCAAGUGGAAUCUUACAAUUUGGAAGCAAAAGUAGAACUACCAGCCAAGAGGCUUAAACUGGAAUGGGUCUAUGGAUAUAGGGGUCGGGACUGCCGCAGUAAUCUCUAUCUUCUUCCAACGGGCGAAACCGUGUAUUUCAUCGCAUCUGUAGUUGUGUUAUUCAAUGUUGAAGAGCAACUUCAGAGACAUUACACUGGUCAUAAUGAUGAUGUGAAGUGCCUGGCUGUCCAUCCUGAUAGGAUCACUAUAGCAACAGGUCAAGUUGCAGGGACAUCCAAGGAUGGAAAACAAUUGCCACCACACGUGCGUGUCUGGGAUUCAGUAACUCUGAAUACACUGCAUGUCAUCGGAAUGGGGUUUUUUGACCGGGCUGUCACUUGUAUUGCUUUUUCUAAAUCUAAUGGAGGAAGUAGCCUGUGCUCUGUGGACGACUCGAACGACCACGUGCUUUCUGUGUGGGACUGGCAGAAAGAAGAAAAGCUGGCAGAUGUCAAGUGCUCUAAUGAGGCUGUAUUUGCUGCAGAUUUUCACCCUACUGAUACAAAUAUAAUAGUUACUUGUGGAAAAUCACACCUUUAUUUUUGGACACUAGAAGGGAAUUCCCUUAUUAAAAAGCAAGGAUUAUUUGAGAAACAAGAGAAGCCAAAGUUUGUCCUGUGUGUGACCUUUUCUGAAAAUGGUGAUACUAUUACAGGAGACUCAAGCGGAAACAUUUUGGUUUGGGGGAAAGGUACCAACAGAAUAAGCCACGCAGUUCAGGGGGCACAUGAGGGAGGAAUAUUUGCGCUGUGUAUGCUGCGAGACGGCACACUAGUAUCAGGAGGUGGAAAAGACCGAAAGCUGAUAUCUUGGAAUGGAAAUUACCAAAAACUUCACAAAACUGAGAUUCCAGAGCAGUUUGGUCCAAUAAGAACAGUAGCAGAGGGAAAGGGGGACGUUGUAUUAAUAGGAACCACUAGAAAUUUCGUCCUACAGGGCACGCUCUCCGGAGACUUUUUCCCAAUUACCCAGGGUCACACUGACGAGCUUUGGGGACUUGCUGUCCAUUCCUCUAAACCUCAGUUUUUCACUUGUGGACAUGACAAACACAUUACCCUCUGGGAUGCUACCACUCAUCGUCCUAUCUGGAACAAGAUUAUAGAGGAUCCAGCACAGUCUUCAGGUUUUCAUCCUUCAGCAUCCGUCGUUGCAGUAGGGACGCUGACGGGAAGGUGGUUUGUGUUUGACACAGAAACAAAAGACUUGGUCACUGUACACACAGAUGGAAACGAACAGCUGUCUGUAAUGCGUUACUCACCAGAUGGAAACUUCUUGGCAAUAGGUUCCCAUGACAACUGUAUUUAUAUAUAUGGCGUAAGUGAAAAUGGAAGAAAGUACACUAGAAUUGGGAAAUGUUCGGGUCAUUCCAGCUUCAUUACUCAUCUGGAUUGGUCUGUUAAUUCACAAUAUCUUGUGUCUAAUUCAGGAGACUAUGAAAUCUUAUACUGGAUCCCCUCUGCUUGUAAACAAGUUGUGAGUGUUGAAACAACCAGAGAUAUAGAAUGGGCCACGUACACCUGUACUUUAGGAUUCCAUGUUUUUGGUGUAUGGCCUGAAGGUUCAGAUGGAACAGAUAUCAACGCUGUCUGUCGAUCACGUGGGAGAAAACUGCUAUCAACAGGCGAUGAUUUUGGCAAAGUACAUCUCUUCUCAUAUCCAUGUUCACAGUUUAGGGCUCCAAGCCAUGUGUACGGUGGACAUAGUAGUCAUGUAACUAAUGUAGAUUUUCUCUGUGAAGACACCCAUCUCAUCUCCACAGGCGGAAAAGAUACAAGUAUUAUGCAGUGGCGAGUCAUUUAGAGGAAACAUCAGUGUGAGCAUACACAGUUGAGUCGACCAUGCACAGAACUUAUGUAUAAACUGUAUAUUUAAAACUUAACAGUAUGUUUGCAGUUUAGCCUGGUCACUGUGAUUUUUUUGUUAAAAAAAUUCUUACAAACCUCAGGAAAAUUAAGCCCUGUGCUGGUUACUUUACUCAGUCUAGUGAUUUUUUUUUUUUUUCUCAUUGUGUCACACCUUAAGAAUGAUUGUUUGCUCUUCUGUUGUACAAUAUACAAUGCAGUACAAGUUUAAUAUAAGAAAUGUGGCUUGACAGUUUGCAAUACAGUGGUAUCAGCUGAAUGUGACUAUCUUAAAUGUUUUCUAUAAACACUGCUAAAAUGGUCACAAAAAUGCCUUUCAAAGACUGUAUAUAUGUGCUUAUUUGUUUCACUAUCUACACUUUGUACUGUAUAUCUACUUGUUUAGAAAAAUCUAUGACAAUGUCAAGGUACCGAAUUGUUUCUGACGGAGGAUGAUGAAUAGAUACAAAAAGCAUAAACCCAGAUGUAAGAUGCAAAAAAUAACGUUCUAGACCUGAAAAUGUGAAUGCUGGUAGAUUUGCAUUCUCGUGGGAAUAGCACACCUCGGGUAUCACC